AUCUUGUCAGUCAGUCUUCCUGCUUCCACGGGAGCGGGUCGAUCGGCCUCUUUUCCGCGCCCGCGUUUCCCGUGCCGAUCUUGUCUACGAACGAGCUGUCACAACACACGCGAGGACGAUGAAGUAUCGCGUAAUGAGCCGACUUCCGACGACGAUCAUGUGCGUCGUCGUACUUGCGAUGACGGAAGCGACCGCAUCGCCCACCGAGCCCUUGCCCUCCGUCCUGCUAGGCGGCAUUGGUAACGUCGCAAAUACCGCAACCAAUUUCCUAACGGGAGUCGUGCAACGGCAAAAAGAACUAUUGCACCGCGUUACGGAUACUGCCGCGGAUUACAUAACCAACGCGGUGGAGAGGCCGAGAAAUUUAUUAAUCAACGCCACCCGAAUGACGACCGGUGUCAUCGACAGCGCCGCGUCGAUGGGUCUCGAGUUCAAGUUGAGAAGAUUCUUGGAGAAAUUUCGCGCCCGAAUGGGCAACGGCAUCCCGGAGCUAGGUAUUCCUCCGCUCGAGCCGUUCACGCUCGACGAAAUCGACAUCGAUACGGAUAAUCCGGAGAUAGGAAAAGUGAAUUUAGUGAUCGAAAACCUGGAAUUGAGGAAGUUAUCAACAUUUCUGAUUGACCGAGCCAAGUUAUCGCUAAUUGGCCCUACCAUCUCCAUCAACAUUUCCAUUCCCGAGAUCUUCGCCAAGGGGUAUUACAACAUAUCUGGUAUAUUGGGCAACAUGUAUCCAUUACGUGGCGCAGGCCCCUUCGAGACGACCGUACGUGGCUUUCGUGUGUACGUAAACACCGUUUUGGGCUACGCUAGAGGAAUGUACUUGAAGAGAUUCGACCUCGACUUCUCAUUGCGCGCCAUCAAGAUAUAUCUGGACAACUUCAUGGGCGGCGAGAAGAUCGGACAAAUUAUGAGCAAAGUCUUUGAGGAAUUAACACCGGAAGCAAUGGACAUCAUUAAACCGGAUAUAUUGCCGCCUAUUCAGGAUUACGUAACGAGUCACGUCAACGAGACGAUUCAUCAUCUCAACAUGAGAGAUCUGUUUCGCAUUCUCUUGGGCGAGUACGAAUUCGGCGAUAUCACGCACUUAUUGAUACCCUGACAAGAAUAUCCGUGAAAAAUGUCAUGAAAAAAUAUCGAGUUAUCGGAUCGCGCAACAAUUACAAGCGCAAUAAUACGAGCUUAACGCUUCUAGCAAUGCCCGAACACUAUCCUCGUACAAAGUAUAAAGAAAUAAUCGCAACCGAAUACGUGAAAGUCAAUAGAAUAGAUGAAUAGACGAUACUCAUAAAACGGGACAGAGUCGGAUUGACUUUUAAAUCAACUUUGUUUAGUUAUUUUACGUAAUACGUGUAACAAUAAGAUUCGAAGGUCUUUGACUACCUUGCCAGUACAUUAUAUAUUGUUAAGAGUUAAUUGUUAUACACUACGUAGUUAAACGCUAGACACAAUAUGCGCCAUAAAUGUCGGUUAGUAUUAUCUGAAAAGCAGCGUGUAUGUGAUAGAAUUAAUGUUAAUGUUUUGUUAACUGUUAUAAAAUAAUUAUAAAAUAAUUAAGGGGCAAUGUACUUGUUGUAAAUGACACCGCAAUUUUAUCGAAUAAGAUCGUUGCAAUGUGUAUAUAGUAAUUACAUAAAAUUUAUUAGAUAUUUUAUAAUAUUAUAAGCUCACAUAUCUGUAUGUAUCGAAUUAUUCGAAACUUUAAUAUAAUAAUCAUUUAACGAUUAUACAUAUAUAAAUGAUUCUGCGUGAAAUUAAAGAAAUUUCUCUUCCCGA